AUGAAGCUGCAAUACGCGGUGGUAUUCGAGCGGACACCCAACAACUACUGCGCCUAUGUGCCGGACCUGCCGGGUUGUAUUGGCACAGACCGCACAUGGGAAGGGAUACAAGACCAGAUACGUGACGCCAUCGCUUUCCACAUUGAGGGUUUGCGGGAAGAUGGCGAAACCGUGCCCGAGCCGCGAAUGUCGGUGGCAGACGCCGCAGCCUAUCACUCGGAUAGCGCCGUCCCUUCGGCCGAAUGGCUCGAAACGUCGGAACUGGUCGCGGUAGUUGCCGUGGAGGCGGAACUCGGUGCCGCGCCAGCGGUGGCAACGGAUCGCUGA